UCGGUGCCCACUCGCUCGGCACUGCCGCGGCAACCAGCACAUCUCGGCGCUUCCUCUGCGGCAGCCUCACCUCGCGCAUUGCCGCAGCGCACGCCCGGGUGGCUGUUCGCUGCUUGCCGCGGCUGGCGCCGCCCUCGCAGGCUGCAGCCUGUGCCCGGCUGCCGGCCGGCCUGCCCUGCUGCGGGCGCUGGGGCGCGCGGUGCUCCAAACCGGUGUGCCGGGCGGCAUGGGAUAAGACGCGGCCAUGGUACGCCGAGAUCGCCUCCGCAGGAUGAGGGAGUGGUGGGUUCAGGUGGGGCUCUUGGCUGUGCCCCUGCUGGCGGCCUAUCUGCAUAUCCCCCCUCCCCAGCUUUCUCCUGCUCUUCACUCGUGGAAGUCGUCAGGCAAAUUUUUCACCUACAAGGGACUGCGCAUCUUCUACCAAGACUCUGUGGGUGUGGUUGGAAGUCCCGAGAUCGUGGUGCUUCUGCAUGGUUUUCCGACAUCCAGCUAUGAUUGGUACAAGAUUUGGGAAGGUCUGACCCUGAGGUUUCAUCGAGUGAUCGCCCUUGAUUUCUUGGGCUUUGGCUUCAGUGACAAACCAAGGCCGCACCACUACUCCAUCUUCGAGCAGGCCAGCAUUGUGGAGGCACUUUUGCGGCACCUGGGGCUCCAGAACCGCCGGAUCAACCUUUUGUCUCACGAUUACGGAGAUAUCGUUGCUCAGGAGCUGCUCUAUAGGUUCAAGCAGAAUCGAUCUGGUCGGCUUACCAUAAAGAGUCUCUGUCUGUCAAAUGGAGGUAUAUUUCCUGAGACUCACCGUCCUCUCCUUCUCCAAAAGCUUCUCAAAGAUGGAGGCAUGUUGUCACCCAUCCUCACGCGAUUGAUGAACUUUUUUGUAUUCUCCCGGGGUCUCACCCCAGUCUUUGGGCCCUACACCCGCCCCUCUGAGAGUGAGCUGUGGGACAUGUGGGCAGGGAUUCGCAACAACGAUGGGAACUUAGUCAUCGACAGUCUCUUACAGUACAUCAACCAGAGGAAGAAGUUUAGAAGACGCUGGGUGGGAGCUCUUGCUUCUGUAACUAUUCCCAUUCAUUUUAUCUAUGGGCCACUGGAUCCCGUCAAUCCCUAUCCAGAGUUUCUGGAGCUGUACAGGAAAACGCUGCCGCGGUCCACAGUGUCGAUUCUGGAUGACCACAUUAGCCACUACCCACAGCUAGAGGAUCCCAUGGGCUUCUUGAAUGCAUACAUGGGCUUCAUCAACUCCUUCUGAGCUGGAAAGAGUAGCUUCCCUGUAUUACCUCCCCUAUUCCCUUAUCUGUUGUGUAUUCCACUUAGGAAGAAAUGCCCAAAAGAGGUCCUGGCCACCAAACACUAUUCUCUCACAAAAGCCCACCUGACUCACACUGGUGAUCAGCAUAUAGUAAAAAGCCCGCAGAAGCUCCGGCUAAGGAUGGCCCUAACAGUCCACCUUCCAUUCUUUUCACAUCUGAGUGAGUGUACGGACUUGCCUUUGCGCUAUUAGGAAUUUCUUAAAAGUCUUUUUAACACUUCUAUGGACUUUUCUGAAAUAUCUAGAAAUGCUCAUUCCUGGCCCAUCCUUGACUGGAGUCCUAUAGUAAAGAAUGAGGAGAGGGUGUCUCCUUGCCUGUGCUUGAAUGGCUUUAAGGGCACAUGCGUUUUUAAGUAAGUUCUCUAAGCAACACAGCUUCAAGUGAGAGUGAGUCCCCCUUGUCAUAACUUGGGAUUUCGUUUCAUCGGCUGCUUUUAAUUAUAAACAUUUUGUUAAAAUAGGUUUUGGUUUGAAUAAUGCAGUAUUCUAAGUAUACUUUAUGAUUCACCUACACGUAUUAUAUGUAUUUUAUAAUGAUACUAAACCAGCAGAUACUCUGGCAGAGUAGUGAACUUUAUUAAACAGGUUUAAUUUCUGAUUACGUUGAAUUAAAUCCAGACUAUUUACAGAAGUUCCUACAAUUACAGGAUGCUAAGGACCAGUAGCAUCCGUGCCAGAGAUUUACUGUUAUCAGCUAAUUCUAACAGCGAGUAACAGUCUGACUCUUCAUACCUCAGUGCUUCGAGGCAUGUCCCUCCCGAGCUGGAGGGGAGGGGAUCGUUGUAUAGUCCCGGUCACCGUACCGAAUGUACAGAGAUUCCAUUUCUGACAACUGCUUAACUUCUCACUGGUUGUCUCAGAGAGACUUCCUCUUGGAGCUCAGUCAUUCCUGUACUUUAGAGACAGGAAAGUUCCAGAAACUUUAAGAACAAAUUCUGAAAGACCUAUGAGCAAAUGGUGCUGAAAUUUUUUCUAAGCCACAGCUUCACUGUCUUAGUUGAAACAGGAGGAUUAAGUGAUUAUUUUAAAUUUUUUUUUUAUUAGCAACUUCAAGUAUAACAACUGAAACUGGAAUGUUUAUUUUCUAUUAAUAAAAAUGAAUUUUGACAAAAGUGGACUCCGGCUUCCCCUCCCCCACCACCCCUCUGGGAUAAAAGCUUUCCAACAUUGUCAGGAGCUUUCAGACACACAUUAAAGAAUAUAAUGAGGUUAAGCAGCUGGGGUAUAGGAUAGUAUUUGAUUUGCAAGAUCACCCAAAGCUGUACUAUCAUACCAAAGCUGACCAAGUGUAAUUAAAAAAAAAAAAUUUUACAUGCACAAGGACAGAUAUUUGCUUGAUCUGCUGGCUCAGGGCCAAAUAUUUAAUUUGCUUCUCCAAAGACAUUAAUCUUUAAAAGUAUGAUUCUGGGAAAUUCAUGCCACUAGCCUAAAAGCCCACUGACCGUGAAGUGUGCAUUGACUUCAUCUCGCCCAGUAAAAAUUUAUCCAACAGAAGCUAAGAUAACAUCUACAGGUGUUCCCUCUUUGCUUCUGACAGUCACCUGCAUGGUCACUCCAUCUGCUAAGGCCAGCCUGGACCUCACCAAUAAGUCAUAGCCACCUCUGUAUACACCUGAGAGAAAAAAGCAAGGAAAACUAGAUUAAGAACUUAAAACAAGCUCUGAAUAAUGAAAUAUAUCAUGCUCUGCCUGCAUUUCCUUUCUAUUAUUUUAGUUUAGCUUUUCUAGAGAUCUGUGUUUAUGGCGAGAAUUGAAUCCUGUGUACAAAUUUUAAGUAAUCUUUUAUAUUCCCAUGAUACCAGGCACAUAGAAGGUAUUCAGUAGUACUGAUCUGGAGUACUCAGAGGUGGGGAAUUGGUGGCAUUGUAUCUGUGGGAGAGAUUGAAGGGUUUUAGGCCAAAUUUACCUCUUCAAAGAACAGCCUAAGGACAGCCUGCAAAUAAUUAAACAGCUAAGACAAAUUAUUCACAUUGACAGGGCUGCAAACUGUAACCCCUAUGAUGGGAUAACGGGAUGGCAGCAGGGCCUGUGCACAUUCCUUACUACUUUGCAACCAAAGGGGGGAAUCGAAGGGAAGUUUCUUACCGGCCAGAUAGAGAGAAUGGGAAUUCUUAUUCUCAGGUACUUUGUCCGACCUCUCACAUGGCUGCAUGCCCAGAAAUGUGAUGAUGUUGUUGACAGCUUCUGUGUUGAGAAGACACGUGCAAUGGUAUCAGGAAAGCUCAGCCUAGGGGUCUGCCUCUGUCCCAGUAGGUGCUGAGGAGGGCAGCCACCAGCCUAGAACCUGGUUGACUCAAUUAGAUGAUGAAGACAGGAUCCUGGCCUUUUCAGCAAAAUGGUUUAUGAAAUAUUUAGAGAAAGGAGAGACUCUGAAAUAAUAAAUAUGCCCGUUAGAUUUUAUCCUACAAUACACCAGUAGCAAAAUCGUUCUCACCUUCGAGAGUUUUGGUAGAACUGAGGGCAAAGGUCUCCUCUUUCUCAAAGGUGUCUCCCACCUCUUCCCAGGCAGCAGCAAAAUUAGGCUUCAGUACUUUCUGAAUGUGGUCUGACACAGUCACCUCAAGAUCUUCCAGCUAGCAGAUAACAAGCAGGAGUCAGUAAAGGAAAGUCCUUCAGUACACCACAAGGACAGAAGGGAACCGUUAGAAUGGUUUUAUCAUUCGGUGCAGGAGCCUAGGAAAAACUUUACCACCAAAAUAGUUUAAGUUCUGUGGUCUACAUAAAUCUAACGAUGUAGGCGUUAGCAAAGGAAAGUAAGAAAACAGGACAUCUGGCAAGAGCUAUAUUCGGAUCAACACCUCUAACCCUGGGGUAUAAAGUAGUCAUGCUGCCAUACCUAACCUUCGAGAUCAGGCCAGACAGGGCCUUCCAAACUUCACAUGCACUAACAGCCUGAUACUUGUUACACUUACUUUGCCCUACAUUCUGUAAGGCUUUUCAGUCCAUGAUGUGGCUACAUUAGAAGCAAACUAAACGUACUAAACAAUAACAGAAAAAACCCAAUACUUCAAAUAAAACUCAUUGAUCUCCAUGAAAAUCA